UGUUUACGUCAUGGCGGCCGAGCAGCACGUGGAAAAUGAAGAAAAUCCCGAAAAAAACCUCAAACACAAACGUGAACCGUCGGUCCUAGAUAAUUUCACCAAAUUAACAAAUGGACAAGAAAAAGUGCGUGUGAAAGCCGGUGUUAAUUUACUCCGACAUCUCUGGGAAAACGAAAAUGGAGAAAAAGUCGAUAAUGAACUAAAUUAUGCCCUUGGACGUUUGAUACGCGGUUUGGGAUCUUCGAAGGUUCAGGCGAAAACUGGUUUUUUUGCAGCCUUGGUCGGGUUAUUUAACCUCAAAAGUAUCACAAUCCAUGAGAUCCUUGAAUAUGUUUCGAAGGAAUUACAUAAGGGGGGCAGUAACAGCAAGAGCGAAAAUGCGGAUGUUAGUUCUGGACAAAUUCUGAUUGUGGGGGCUAUACUACGAUCCAAUUUAUAUGAAAGUUGUAGUGAUGAGGAUAAGACGAAGGUGCUUCAGUUGUUACUUACCGCUGGCAAGGAGAGAAAUUAUUUGAAUUUAGCCUCAUUUACAUUUUUAGUUGAUUUGUUUAAAAAAAUUGAUUCUAAAGAAUUUGAGAAAGUAGUUUUCCCGCUUGUUAAGGAUGAGCUGUCGAUACCUUGGUCUCUUCAGAAUUUGGAUAUUCUUUAUUUAUUGAGUGAGAUUGAAAGAAGUUUCCCAGAGUCUCUCCAUUCAAAGUUUUUGAGAAAUAAUUUAGGAACAUCUGAGGUGUUAUGUAGAGAAAGUCUUCAACAUGUCUGCAAUACGCUAACUACAAUCCCUCGACUUCUGGCGUUGAAACACCCGGUCUUCGACAUCUUCACAAAAAAAUUACUUGAAUCGUCUCUCAUCGAAGAAUUCUUCAUUGAACUAGACCAAACUUUAGUCCGACCAAAUCGUAACAAGUUCUUCGUUUUUACUAAACUCUUGACCGAUAUUUUGGGAAAUUUAAACGACCCAACAAUAAUUCCAAAUAUUUUAACCAAAAACUAUAUACAACAGACCUUAUCGAUGUACAAGAAUUCAGUCGGUAGAUUCAAAGAUAAAGAAUUUAAAGACAUCACACAGAAACUUUUUGAAACGCUAUUAACGAGUCUCAAAAAAGAUGGCGUUAAAUCUAAAACAAAAAUAAAAGUGCUGAAGAAACUUUUAUUUUUCCCAGGAAUUUUCAUUUUUGAAAAAAUAACAAGAAGUAGAUUAAUCCAGAAUAUAACUGCAAGUUUGAGUAGUGAAGGAGUCAAAAAAUUGGGCAUGGUUUAUAGAGACGUGAUUUUAGCUAAUCACGACAAAGUCAUCAACGAGAACAUUAGUGAGAAGUGGUGGAACACAGAUCGAGUGUAUGCCGCACAUUUGUUGGUAAAGUUAGUUAAUCACCCAUCUACAAACGAAGAGAAUGAAUGGAAGAUCGAGCAGUUGAUGUUUUUGGGAAAACUGGGGCUCUUGAAAGACCAAGCAAUCGGCCUCGAAUUAGCAGAGUCUUUAAAAUACACCUUCUACUCUGCCCUUGACUUAAAAUUGGGAAAACUGGACGACUUACGGUUCAUUUUAUCAACAAUUCUUCACGAAUUUGACAAUCUUAUUCCGGACUUGAGGAACCCCCUUGAUGAAGAAAACCAAGAAACAUGGAGACGCACGGUAGAACUAGUGACAAAAUUGGACGGACAUACGAAGAAGAAGAAAGCAGUUUUUCACACACUGUUUUUAAAUCUAGGUCUUCAAAUCUUCAAUGACACAAAACUUGCGACCGAUUCUUUAACCGAACUUUUCACUUGCUACGAAAGAACGAAAAAGAAGAACGAAGAAAGCGACGAUCCUCUGUGGAUUGAAGUCGUUGUCGAUCUGUUUCUAAAUCUACUCAGCCACAACUCUCACCUACUCAGAAGUGUGAUCAACUGCGUUUUUCCGCAUCUGUGUAAAUACAUGAACGGUAGCGCGAUCCACCAGAUUCUAUCAGUUCUCGAUCCGAAGAAUGAAGACAAUCCGUUAUCGAAACCCCAACAGGAAAGCGACGAAGAUAGUACAGACGUCGAAGAGGAAGAGGAAGAAGACGAUUCUUCCUCGGAUGAAGAUAUAAAUGACGAAGAGGAAGACCACACUGUCAACGACAAACUCCGAAUAGCUCUUCACCAAGUUCUGGGAGCCGAUGCUCAGAGCGACGCCGAAAGCGUAGAUCUAAAUGACCUAGAUGAUGAAGAAGGUGACAAGUUGAACGAGGCUUUAGGACAAGCUUUCAAGCAGUUCAAACCCAACUUAGGCAGGAACAAGAAACAGAAAAAAGAUGAUGAGGCUUUGACACAUUUUAGGAUUCGAGUGCUCGAUUUGGUGGAAAUCUAUUUGAAUACUAAUCCUUCUAUGUUACUAACUUUGGAAAUUAUGUUGCCACUGUUGCAACUAUUGGAGUUUUGUAUAAAGGAUGACCACCAAAAGCCACUGGAAGAUCGCGUCAAAGCUUGCUUGAAAAAGUUGUCUGCUUUGAAGAAGUUUAGCUACUGGGAAGACGUAACUGAAGAUGUUUUGGUAGAAUUGUUGAAGAGUCUGUUACAAAAAGGAACGAAAAAUGCUAUCGUGAUUCAAGAAAUGAGUGAGAAGAUCGCCGAUUGUUCAAUGUUUGUAAUAACGUGCUCCCAGAUCGUGAAUGCUGAGCGUACGAAGAAAAUAAAUUGUGUGAUCAAAGAAGGCCUAGAAGCUUUCUUCACUAGGAGAGACUGUAUAAUACCUUACGUACUCUUCAAGAACUUACUACAGAUGAACUGGGAGGGAAUCUUAGUAUUAGUACCUUUUCUUCUUGGAUGUGUUUUCGCUUCAAGCAUUCGGCCUUUCCGAAAAAACCAAGCUGUUGAAUUAAUGAAGAUAUUUCUUCACAAUCAAAGAUUUAUAAGUAGUCAUGCUGAAGAAAUCGUCACUGUUGAAGAUGACUUUUUGAACUUUCUUCGCGAUUCUGUUGAUUUUUUUAGAGAAUUUAAUGCAAAUUCCUCACAAAAAAAAACGAAAGAGAAGUUUUUGGCUAAUUUGUUUGAUUUGUUGUAUAUUGUUAAAAUAUCGGUUUUGGGGCGGACUUUUGAAGGAUGGGAGUUGUUAGGGGAAGGAGUACGUAAUUGCCGUUCGCUGAUAACAUUCUCCAGAGAUACGAAAUUAGCGUUUAAUAAGCUGUGUAAAAGUUUGAAUAUUUCCAACGUCGUUGAAAUGAGGAAGGUGGUUGUAAAUUUGAAUAAUGCUGAAGGAGACGAUGGUGAAGAGCAACAAGUGAGUAAGAAACAAGAGAAGAGGAAAAAGAAGACCAAAAAUAAAGAUAAGUUGAAGUUGAAGAAGCAGUCAAAGGAGUUGAGGUUGCAGGGUUUGUCAGAAGGGUUCAGUUGUAAGAGGAAAUUUACUGUAGAGGAAACAGAUAUAGAAGAAGAUGAAAGUAAAAAAGUCAAAUUUUCAUGAAUUGUGAUACUGAACAUGUGUAGGACAUAAGUAUGCAAUUUUUAUUUUUAAUAAAAAUUUGAAAACUA